GUGUUCCGCAUGUGAAUGAGGCUGGGAGCCCGGGUGCCCGAGCGAGAGCGAGAGAGAAAGAGCGACUCAGUAAGGCUGGAGCAGGCAGCCGAGAGGGAACCGCAGGCCAACCAGCCUCCUUCUGUCCACUACACGCACUCCCGCUUCUGCGGGAUACCAACCUCUCUGUUCAUGAACAGAGGCUCCAAGAAACAAGCCAUGGAGAGCCAGGUCUCUCGCUGCAAGAUUGUGGUGGUGGGUGAUGCACAAUGUGGGAAAACCACUUUAUUGCACGUUUUUGCCAAGGAUUGUUAUCCAGAGAACUACGUCCCCACGGUGUUUGAGAACUAUACGGCGAGUUUUGAAAUUGACAAACAAAGGAUCGAACUCAACAUGUGGGACACUUCAGGAUCGGCAUAUUAUGACAAUGUUCGCCCGUUGGCCUACCCUGACUCGGAUGCCGUGCUAAUCUGCUUUGACAUCAGCCGUCCGGAGACCCUAGACAGUGUUUUAAAGAAGUGGCAAAGUGAGACCCAGGAGUUCUGUCCCAGUGCCAAAGUGUUGGUUGUCGGGUGUAAGAUUGACAUGAGGACAGACCUGAAUGUCCUGAGAGAACUCUCGAAGCUGAGACUUAUCCCAGUUACGCACGAACAGGGCAGCACAGUGGCUCGGCAGAUCGGAGCGACGGCCUAUGUGGAGUGUUCAUCUAAAGCCUCUGAGAACAGUGUCCGCGAUGUAUUCCAUGUUACUACCCUGGCCUCUGUAAAUAAGAUGCAAAAAAAUCUGAAGCGCAGUAAUUCCAAGCGGGGAUUAAAGAGGGUAUCGCAGAUGCCAGCAAGGACAGACUUACUGGAAGAUACGGAGAUCAGAAAGGACCGUGCCAAAAGCUGCGCAGUAAUGUGAAGAACUGUCACAGAUUUAUUUGUAUUUAUUCUGCAUUUUGUACAGUAACUGACACAGAAGCAACAGGGUUGUUGCCAAGUCCAAGGUCGGUAUUCAAGGCUUCUCCUGGAGUCUAGGCCUCAAAAUCUGGCCAUUUUUCUUUUCGGAAUCCCCAGAGCCGUUGUUUAUUUAUGAGGCUUUCAGAUUGACUGUUGCUGUGUUGGCUGCUUGUGAAAAGGAACUAAUGAAGAGGAAGAUUAACCAAGUGUUUGAAUGUUUGUGAAGUUGUGUUGCUAAGGGAGGUGUGGGCUGUUUGUAUUGAGAAUUGGAUUACUCCAGAGACUGUAGGAAAGACUGGUGGCAGUGAUAAUUUUGGUGUUGUGAAGUAAAAAUGUGUGACAGUCACUUUGGAUAUUGCCUUUUAAAACCAACUCUAUUUACGACUCUAACAAAUGUACAUCAAAUAUAAUAUCCCCAUUCUUUCAUGACCUUCAAAAAUUUUAACAUUGCACCAGUGUUUGCACUAAACCUUCAUAGACUCUUAUAGGGAAUGUUGUGCACAUUUUCAAUUCUUAUUAACUUGGAGACUUUGCAUUCCCCAUCAUUACAAAGAAGUUGCAUAAAGAAUUAGAAUUCAUUUUUCUUGUCAAACUGUGCCUUCAUCACCUGAUAUUGGAGGACUUGCUGCUGAUCUUGUUACCUGACCUCCAGAGCCACAUAGAAAUGAUCAAAUGCUGGGAUCCAGUUUCCAGUGUUUCACAUUGUGAAGCUGAAAAGCUCGUGAUCCUGAUCUCCGGUGCCCUCUGUUUGGAGUUGACCGCAUGGAUUUCAUCCAGGUACUCCGGUUUCCUCCCACAUCCCAAAGACGUGCGGAUUUGCAGGUUAAUUGCCGUCUGUAAAAUUAUCCCUAAUGAGCAAGGAGUGGAUGAGAAAAUGGGAUAACAUAGAACUAGCGGUCGAUGGUCGGUGUGGACUCAGUGGACCAAAGCGUUUGUUUCUACGCAGUAUCUCUAAACUCCAAACUAACACCUGUAUGUGCAGAAAGGAUGCUGUAGUAUUGUGAGGCUUGAAACUGCUUCUGAAAUUCAAUCCCAUUGACUUCAAAGGAACUGAAUUUUGAAGUUGGUGCCUGACACACACACACACAUCACAUCACACUUUUACCAUAUCAAAAAAACUGUGCUUUUUUGUGUGACGGUAUGCGAGACGGUAACUUUUCUAAAAAGUUAAACGUUAUUAUUUGGUUUUCCACCCACGUGCCAUGAGAAUUUAUUGAUCAUAUGUGCCGGCACCUCUACGUAUACAGAAAAAAAAUUACUGUCCACAUCAAAGAAUUAAUUUAAUCUCCAUGCAAAAAUGUUGAUGUGUGUAAAUGAACACACUUUCCAAAUGGAACGAGAGGAGGACAGAUUUUUCUGCUGUUGUUGAAUCCCACCAAAAUCUUCACUGGUUAAGCCGUCUACUGGAAAGUAUAAGUUUCCAAUAUAACAUGCAUGGUUUAAAUGGGAUGAGUUUAACGCUGUCGUUGAAUGGGUCAUCUCUUUGUACAAUCUUUACCGAGUCUCCCCAAUUUACUGAAGCAAUUGGUUGGAUUUUAUAUCAGCAACCAGUUUUUGUGACUGGCCGUUUUGAAGACUGUUCCCAGUUCACUAUUUGUCAGAAAUAGUUAAUGAGCAAUUCCUAGUUAGAUCCAUUACAUUUUGAUAACUCGCCUUAGGGCACUUUGUAAUUCCACGGCAACUGAAGGGAAAAUCAAAGUUGACUUUACAGAUAACCUGAGCUUCCCUUGCUAUGAAAAAUUCAUUGCCUUAUAAAUCUCAUCAUCUUGGUCGUAAACCAGAGAAGCAAGGUAUUGUUACAAUGCAAUAGCGGGUCUUGUUACGAGAAUGUGGCUUUACAUAAACUCAUCUUCAUACAUUUUCAAUAAAAUAACAAUUGAGAAA